CUAAGCUAACCGUUUAUACGUUCCGCCUCUUCAGUUCGUUCGAUUUGCCUUUUUCAUUUGACGUUUGCGUUAACCAAAAAAACACAGCUCCAGAAUGAACUACUCUCUCUCUAUAACUCUAUACUCUAUAACUCUGUCUCUCUAUCUCUCCUCUAUCCAACUACUAUCUGUCUGCUGACCUCUGUCUGCCACCUCCACUGCUGUAAACUUCUGUCUAGCCUCUGUCCCCUAUUCCCAAUCUUUUGCUCGCUUCCGUUGUAAAUAACUAUUUUAUUCUAGACUAACAAAAAGAACACACUUGUUUCGUUUUCCACCCGCGCUCUGCGGGAUUGUAUAUUUUCCUUGUCGCGACUUUUGUACAAAAAACUUUGCAAGUACAAUUUAAUACUUACUACGUUCGAACACAAACUGAUUUUUAAAUCGUGCUCAUAAACUUAGUUUGUCCUUAACAAACAUUUUACACAGGCAUAGAAAUUGGAAAACUUUAUAGUUUUUAACUGAAGAGUAAUGUAUAUAUAAAAAGUUUCAUAUAAUUUGAACAUCAAAAUAAAAGUUUAUUUGCAUUAGAAGCGAUUGUAACUCAAGAAAUGCAAAUAAUAAAAAGAGUAAUAAAAAUAAUUGGAAAAUAAUAUUAAAAAGUCCUAUCAUAUUUUUUCAUAAAAAGUAAAAUUUUGAAUUAAUUUAGAUAACAUUUUCUUUGCAUAUUUCAAAACAUAAGUUCGUAAUCUCUUUCAAACUAUAAUGAUUUCCACCGUAUAGGCCUGAUGCAAAAGAAUAUCCCUUGUUCGACCAGUGUAUUUUUGUACAUACGUACCUGUAAAAGUUUGUUUACCACACAUGAAUCAAUGGCAUGUUUUCUGUCCUACAUUUGUUUGUUUUCUUAAUAAAACUAGCUUGCGCAUGUGUUUUGUCAUUUCAAAGUUUGAUUGUGCCGCCUGAAUGUCUAACUUAUCGUCUUAUCGAUUAAUGGCUAACCAACACUGGCCAGCUGAUCGUGACCAGGUGGCCACUCUACACAAUGGUAAGACCGUAUGGCGUUAAAAUGCCACAGUAUUUUUCGCGAUCUGUGGCUGGGGUCACACUAAUGCCGCCAAAAGUGACGGAAAACAUUGUUACUGCCCAUUUAAACAUUUUAAGCAACAUAAACUCAUAGUUUAUUGCAAUCAAGGGCGUAAUUCGGGGUUCAGUUAUCCGUGAAGACGUGCUGUGCGUUCGAAAUGAGCAGUGAUAAAGUGAAAAACGGCAACGAAGCCGAAGAGUCGGAGGAAUCAUGUGGCGACGAGUCGGCCAGUUAUACGACCAACAGCACCACCUCGCGCAGCAAAUCGCCGUCGUCCAGUACGAGGAGCAAACGGCGUGGGCGCCGGAGCACCAAGUCGAAGCCAAAGAGCCGCCCGGCCUACAAAUACGACACCCACGUAAAGGAGAACCACGGAGCCAACAUCUUCGGCGUCUCCUUCAACACGCUGCUGGGCAAGGAGGAGCCCCAGGUCUUCGCCACCGCCGGCAGCAACCGGGUCACGGUCUACGAGUGCCCCAGACAGGGCGGGAUGCAGCUGCUCCACUGCUACGCCGAUCCGGAUCCCGAUGAGGUGUUCUACACUUGCGCCUGGUCGUACGACCUAAAGACCUCUGCUCCACUUUUGGCCGCGGCUGGAUACCGCGGAGUCAUCAGAGUAAUUGACGUCGAGCAAAACGAGGCGGUGGGCAACUACAUUGGCCACGGCCAGGCCAUCAACGAGCUCAAGUUCCAUCCGCACAAGCUGCAGCUGCUGCUCUCGGGCAGCAAGGAUCAUGCGAUCAGGCUGUGGAACAUCCAGAGCCACGUCUGCAUAGCCAUCUUGGGCGGAGUGGAGGGACAUCGCGACGAGGUGCUCUCCAUAGACUUCAAUAUGCGUGGGGAUCGCAUUGUGUCCAGCGGCAUGGAUCAUUCUCUGAAACUGUGGUGUCUGAAUACGCCCGAGUUCCAUAAGAAAAUCGAGCUGUCCAAUACCUUUAGCCAGGAGAAAUCCACGCUGCCGUUUCCCACGGUCACCAAGCACUUCCCGGACUUCUCCACGCGGGACAUACACAGGAACUAUGUGGACUGUGUGCAGUGGUUCGGCAACUUUGUGCUCUCCAAGUCCUGCGAGAAUGCCAUCGUAUGCUGGAAGCCGGGUCAACUUCAUCAGAGCUUCGAGCAGGUGAAGCCCAGCGACUCCUCCUGCACGAUCAUCGCGGAAUUCGAGUACGAUGAGUGUGAGAUUUGGUUCGUGCGGUUCGGCUUUAAUCCCUGGCAGAAGGUGAUCGCUUUGGGCAACCAGCAGGGCAAGGUUUACGUGUGGGAGCUGGAUCCCAGCGAUCCGGAGGGCGCCCACAUGACCACCCUGCACAAUCCGCGCAGCGUGGCCACCGUGCGCCAGAUCGCCUUCUCCCGGGACGCCAGCGUCCUGGUCUACGUGUGCGAUGACGCCACCGUGUGGCGCUGGAAUCGCAGGCAGGCGGCUGUCAUCUGAUGCUGCACAACAUCAUCGCCAAACCACACACCAAAUCUCACGUGGCCAAAACUUACGACAUUUCCCUCACUUAGUUACUAGUUCCUAGUUGGUUAAAAUUAAGCUAGAAUUACCAAUCCAUGAAAGCAAGCAAUUGUCAGUGUGCGUCUCAAAAAAUUCCUAUUAAAUCGAUUAAACAAUUGUUGAACCAA